GAUUUUCUAUCCAGAAAGGAAGAAAUGCUCUUAAAAUUUAUUAAAGAAAUAAUUUUCUUUUUUUUGACUGUGGUUGGCAUGGGGGGAAACAGUUCUGUUUCUGUGAUUUAUAUGUUCGGUUGGUGGAGAGGGCCUGAGAAGAAACCCAUCCACCUUAUUCUCAUCCACUUGGCUUUUACAAACAUCAUAAUCCUUCUUGCAAAAGGAUUGCCAAAGACAAUGGUAGCUUUUGGUUUGAAAAACUUCCUAGGUGACAGAGGAUGUAAGAUUUUCAUCUACCUGCAGAGGGUGGCCCGUGGGGUCUCCAUUUGCACCAGCAGUCUCCUCACUGUGGUCCAGGCCAUCAUCAUCAGUCCCAGAGCAUGUGGAUGGAGGAGGCUCAGACCACAGUCUGCAUGGCACAUCCUUCCAUUCUUUUCAUUCUUUUGGAUACUCAAUGCUUUAUUAAGUGUGCGCCUAAUCCAUCCGGUCACAAGUAGAAUCCUGAAUAUAUCACAGUUUACGAGUGAAAACAACUAUUGCUCUGUUAUGCUAGAAAGUCAGAAAAUAAAGUGGUUUGUUCCCCCUCUCAUGGUCCUGAGAGAUGCUGUGUUUCAGGGAGCCAUGGGAGGCGCCAGUGUCUACAUGGUACUUCUUCUCCACAAGCACCACCAGCAUGUCCUCCACCUCCAGAACUCCAAGCUUCUCUACAGAACUCCCCCUGAGCUGAGAGCUGCUCAGAGUGUCCUCCUUCUGAUGCUCUGUUUUGUUUUCUUCUAUUGGACUGACUGUGCUGUUUCUCUAUUUUUAAGUGUCUCUUUAGUGGAUUAUUCGUGGAUGAUAAAUAUUCAAGAAUUUCUGGCACUGGGUUAUGCAACUUUUAGCCCUCUUGUGCUUAUUCAUAGGGAUCGACUUUGCCUGAUUGCUGGCAUGCUCAGUGGGAGAAACUGA